UGAAGGAAAAGCAAGUGUGGUAGCACUUGCAAGCUGUCAAGGGGGAAAGAAGCGAAGAGACGUUAACAACGUUAUCUAGCCACUUCGACUCUGUCGAUCUUGGACAAGCAUAGAGGAAUGGGCUGUGGUUCCAUUAUAGUUGGAUCUACCCCUACUAGCCCUGAGGCCACCCAAGGAGUCCAGCCCCAGGCCAGGCCAGAAACAUGAGAUCUUUAACCGCUGAAUAAAGAAUGAGGCCUCAGCAACCUCACCCCAGAAACAACAACACCACCACCACUACUACUAGCAUAGUCUGUCACACACCCAAAACAACUUAACCCUGAACAGCUGCCCCCUUCCCCAGGACCAGCUCUUGUAUCCCCUUCCUUCCCUUCCUCACCUAAACCCCACCCCACAGAGUAGCUUAGCCCUCCUCGUCACUGGAGAGUCGCCACCCGAUCAGCUCCUAGGCCCCGUGCGCCCCCAUCGGCGGCGGUGUGUUGGUGUGCGAUGGCGCGGCGGAACGCUGAGGGCUGCUGCCGAGGACUGUGAUGUCAGAGCCCGCCAGCCCGGGCGAGAGCCAGCGCGGCGCUCCCAGAUUCUUCGUGGGCUGCGAGGACGAUGAGAGCGAGGGCCUGGAGGACUACGACGGCUGUAGCAUGAGGACAGACAUGGAGCUGUACGAGGACGACGAGGACGCAGACUCGCCCCCGGAGCGACAGAUCGUGGUGGGGAUCUGUUCCAUGAUGAAGAAGUCCAAGUCUAAGCCCAUGACCCAGAUCCUGGAGCGGCUGUGCAGGUUUGAGUACAUCACUGUGGUCAUCUUCCCCGAGGACGUCAUUCUUAACGAGCCUGUGGACAAAUGGCCGCUGUGUGACUGCCUCGUCUCCUUCCACUCCAAAGGAUUCCCGCUGGACAAGGCUGUGAGCUACGCCAAACUCCGAAACCCGCUGCUCAUCAAUGACCUGAACACACAGUACUACAUACAGGACAGGAGGGAGGUGUAUCGUAUCCUGCAGCAGGAAGGCAUCGAUCUACCCCGCUACGCUGUGCUGAACCGCGACCCAGAUAAACCAGACGAGUGUAACCUGGUAGAGGGAGAAGACCAUGUGGAGGUGAAUGGGGAGGUUUUCCCUAAACCCUUCGUGGAGAAACCCGUCUGUGCUGAAGACCACAACGUCUACAUCUACUACCCCACCUCAGCGGGAGGGGGAAGCCAGCGCCUCUUUAGAAAGAUCGGGAGCCGGAGCAGUGUGUACUCACCAGAGAGCAACGUGAGGAAGACUGGCUCCUACAUCUACGAAGAGUUCAUGCCAACGGAUGGCACGGACGUUAAGGUGUAUACGGUGGGGCCUGACUAUGCCCACGCUGAGGCCCGGAAGUCUCCUGCCCUGGACGGGAAGGUGGAGAGAGACAGCGAGGGGAAGGAGAUCCGCUACCCCGUCAUGCUCACCGCCAUGGAGAAACUGGUGGCCCGCAAGGUCUGCCUGGCAUUCAAGCAAACCGUGUGUGGCUUUGACCUUCUCCGAGCCAACGGUCACUCCUACGUCUGCGACGUCAACGGCUUCAGCUUCGUCAAGAACUCCAUGAAGUACUACGACGACUGUGCCAAGAUCCUGGGUAAUAUAGUGAUGAGGGAGCUGGCGCCUCAGUUCCAGAUCCCCUGGUCCAUCCCUACUGAGGCUGAGGACAUCCCCAUCGUUCCCACCACGUCUGGCACCAUGAUGGAGUUACGCUGUGUCAUCGCAAUAAUCCGCCACGGAGACCGAACUCCUAAGCAGAAGAUGAAGAUGGAAGUGCGGAAUCCAAUGUUUUUUGAUUUGUUUGACAAAUACGGAGGUUACAAGACAGGGAAAUUGAAGCUGAAGAAGCCCAAACAACUGCAGGAGGUGCUGGACAUAGCUCGGCAACUGUUGCUAGAACUGGGUGAUGGAAGAGAAGACUGCGAGAUCGAAGAGAAGAAAUCCAAACUGGAGCAGCUGAAGACCGUUCUGGAGAUGUAUGGCCACUUUUCCGGGAUCAACCGAAAAGUGCAGAUCACCUACCUGCCCCAUGGGCAGCCCAAAACAUCCAGCGAGGAGGAAGACACACGUAAGGAGUGCCCUUCUCUGCUACUGGUGUUGAAGUGGGGAGGGGAGCUGACCCCGGCAGGCAGGGUACAGGCUGAAGAGCUGGGCAGGGCCUUCCGCUGCAUGUACCCGGGAGGACAAGGAGACUACGCUGGGUUCCCUGGGUGCGGGUUGCUACGGUUACACAGCACCUACCGACACGACCUCAAGAUCUACGCGUCUGACGAGGGCAGAGUGCAGAUGACCGCCGCAGCUUUCGCCAAGGGUCUGCUGGCGUUAGAGGGAGAGUUGACGCCCAUCCUUGUGCAGAUGGUGAAGAGUGCCAACAUGAACGGCCUGCUGGACAACGACAGCGACUCGCUCAGCGGCUGCCAGCACCGCGUCAAGGCCCGUCUCCACGAGAUCAUGCAGAAAGACCAGGAGUUCACCGAGGAGGACUACGAUAGGCUGGCCCCUACAGGUGCAGCCUCUGUGGUUAACUCUAUGAGGAUUGUGGAGAACCCUGUGAUGACAUGCGACCAGGUCUACACACUCAUCCAGAGCCUCACCUCCCAGAUACGCAAGAGACUAGAGGACCCCAAAUCUGCAGACCUGCAGCUGUACCACAGUGAGACUCUGGAGCUGAUGCUGCAGCGCUGGUCCAAGCUGGAGCGGGACUUCCGGAUGAAGAGCGGCCGCUACGACAUCAGCAAGAUCCCGGACAUCUAUGACUGUGUGAAGUACGACGUGCAGCACAACGCCACGCUGGGCCUGGAGGACACGCUGGAGCUGUUCAGGCUGUCCCGAGCCCUCGCCGACAUCAUCAUACCACAGGAAUACGGCAUUAAUAAAGUGGAGAAGCUGGACAUAGCAUACGCCUACUGCCUACCUCUGGUCAAGAAGAUCCAGCUGGACCUCCAGAGGACCCACGAGGAUGAGUCGGUCAACAAACUCCAUCCAUUGUACUCUCGAGGAGUGAUGUCACCAGGUCGCCACGUCCGGACGCGUCUUUACUUCACCAGCGAGAGUCACGUCCACUCUCUACUCAGCACCUUCCGCUACGGAGGCCUGCUCGACGAGGAGAAGGACCAGCAGUGGAAGCGGGCGAUGGACUACCUUGGUGCCGUUUCUGAACUCAACUACAUGACCCAGAUAGUUAUCAUGCUGUAUGAGGACAACAACAAGGACCCGUCGUCAGAGGAGCGUUUUCAUGUGGAGCUUCACUUCAGCCCUGGGGUCAAAGGUUGCGAGGAGGAGGAGAAUGCACCAAUGGGCUUCGGCUUCCGUCCCGCCUCCGCAGAGAAUGAUCAGAAACAGACAGACCCUGGCAGCUUGGAGGAUCUAUCCGUGACUGAGCCCGACCGGGCCGUACCGCUCUCUGAGCCAAUGGGCAUCCACCGGAGAUCCCCUCUGAUUCACAACCGCAAGACUGGGUCUAUGGAGGUCCUGUCGGAGACGUCUUCAUCCAAAGCAGGCAGCUACCGUCUCUUCCCCUCCUGCUCUCGCCAGUCCCCUGAGAUGAAGCAGAGUGGUCUAGGCUCUCAGUGUGCGGGGCUCUUCAGUACCACCGUCCUGGGAGGCUCCUCUAGCGCCCCCAACCUGCAGGACUACGCACGCACACACCGAAAAAAAUUCUCCUCGGGCAGCCUGUCCUAUAAAGACGAGUUGUUGUCUAUGCCGGCAGUAAAGAGAUUUUCUGUGUCGUUUGCAAAGCAUCCGACUAAUGGCUUCGAAGGCUGCUCCAUGGUGCCCUCCAUCUACCCGCUGGAGACGUUGCACAACUCGCUAUCCCUCAAGCAGGUGGAUGAGUUCAUCACCGCCGUGUGUGAGACGGGAGGAGAUGCCCACUCCAGGACCACCAGAGCCCUGUCGGCCAUGUUUGACUCUCAGAACCAGCCGUCAGUGGACUCCUACAUGCCUCAGAGAGUCCUCUCCUCCUCCGUAUCCCCCCGACAGCGCUCUGACAGACCUCCCUGGUACAGCAGCGGUCCGUCCAGUACAGUGUCCAGCGCUGGCCCCUCCUCCCCCACCACGGCAGACGCCUCCCCCCACUUCAGCUUCAGCGACAAGGCGCCCUUCACCCCCCAGAGCAACGAGGAGAUCCACUCCUGCCAUCACAACACAGGCCAGCAGGCCCCUACUGCUGGCCCCCAAACCCCCAAACUCUCCAAUCCCACCAGCCCCACAGAGGACCCAACCACCCCCUGCCAGACACCCCCAGAAGACAACCCCGAGGCCCCAGCCACCCCCAGCCACCUGCCCCUGAGUGGAAACUCUGAAACCAGGCAGGAGGAGCCAGGCGAGUCCCCUGCUUCAACUGAGGCCACUUGCGGUGAAGCGCCAGACCCCAGUCCAUUGAGCCUGCCGUCUUCCCCACUGGCAGACCUCUCUCUGGGACGUAUGGACGGCUACCUCCCUGGUUCUCUCCCGGUGCUCCUGGAGCUCAAAGAGAGCGGCAGUGAGGCAGGCUCCAGCGCACAGACGCCCCAGUCCCCAGAGGGGCCUGACGAAUUCUUUGACACCCAGGAGACGGUGGAGAUGUGGAGAGGCAGCCCAGGGAGCCUCCCACAUCCUGGGACUCCUCUGGAGGUGGGAGCCCCUCACACGUCAGAGCCCUAGGUGGGGGCUCAGAGAACCAGAGAAGGAGCCUAGGUCUUCGAAGAGGCUAGAAGGAAGUAAGGUAGAACUUCUAGGGGGCUGGAAGGAGGCUUCCAGGAAGCCCUUCAAAAAUAUCCUUGGCCAGUUCCAUGUGGCGAAGCCCUUGUGGUGCUGGCAGUGGGGUGACCUAGUCCUAGACCAAGGCCCUGUGGCUUGGAACUUAUGUCUGGUGAAAAGUGGCUGGGCUGCUUCUUCUCUAGUGCUUCUCUACUCUGGUCGUGUUCAUUAGGCACCAAACGGAGGAAAAGGGACUGAAACAGGGAGGAACGUCCUGGACUUGUCCAAUAAGAAACGCGUAUUUUCUAUUACAAAACGUUUUAAAAUGUUUUCCAUGGCAUGCCCUAAUGAACACGACCCUGUCUCUCUCCCACAGCUGUCUAUGAACCAGCCGUUGUAGGAGAACUCAGUGUGAUCAUAGAACUACCACCUAGUGCAGUACAACAUCCUUAUCAUGUAUGUCAUGUAUGGAUGUUUUUUGUCCCUGUGUCCGAUAGAAAGCCACUUGUUCUAAAGUGAAGCUUUGAUGAUGUUGAUGUAAACAGUCUAUAAUGGGUGACAUCUUCUGUCCACUGAACAGCCCUCCGUGUGCACGAUUUGACGGUUGGGCUUGCGUAUUGCAUCGUGUACAUCGCUACAUACCUACCGUUUACUAUAGCUAUAAUUGCAGCAUGUCCGCCAACUCAUGGACAUUGUAAAAGGAGAUGGUUUGAGAGACAUCUCACUGCAAGUAUUGUGAGUAAUAUGUUUAUUUUUCCUGCUGGGAAAUGGACACGUCAAAAUGUGUUAGGAAAUGCAUUUAGUAUAUUAAUAAUGUGCAACAAUGUAAUUUAAACACAUUUUCAUCAAGUUCGGCUUUGGCAAACACAAACAAAGCCGGUUUGAAUUGCAUUUUCAGUUGGCAACUUUAUUGCAAGUAUAUUGAAAUCUUGUCACACAUUGAAAUGGUAAAUGAACCACAUUGACUGGUCUGUGAAGUUUCAUCAAACAGAAGAUGUCACCCUGUGUGUUUCCCUAGUUCUCCUAUUCUAGGCUAUCCUCUCCCUGUGAUGGUCUGUAUCACUGUUAAGGUCUGUUCACUUGAUUUGUGCCAGAACGGUAUUGCAUCGAGCCAGCAAUAACCAAGGUAGGCGCUUUCGGGUCACCACGCCUCGCUCAGAGAUAAAGUAUAUUAAACUCUGACCUCGCGCUGCACCCGACCAAGCGGCGCGCUCAGCACCUUGUGCGAAUCAAGUGAACGGGCCUUUAAAAAACCUGACUAGCUACAGAGGUCUUUUAUCUGGGGUAAAGACGAUCUCAGCUACAUGUAUGGUGAGAUUUAUUUAUUGCUGUCUCCUCUUUUGAUAUUCAAUAUACUCAAAUCCUAGCCUGGUCCCAUACGGCACAGAUGUAGGAUCUUAAUUUGAGCCAGUUUGCUAUAGCAGGAAAAUAAUC